AUCUUGGUCAGUCACAUGACAUCAAAAUGGUGGAUUUUAUGCGGAAACGAUAAUUUAUUCAAUUAUAUUUUAUGAUAUAUUUUCAGUGAUAUUCCUUUAUUGUCAAUCAUGGUUGAUAAAGAAUUUGCACCUCUGACAACCGUUUGCGUUCGCUCUUUGAACGACAAAUUGUAUGAAAAAAGAAAAGUGGGGGCAUUGGAAGUUGAAAAAAUGGUGAAAGAAUAUGUGUCAAGCCAGCAAGAUCAUAAUGUUAAAGCUGUUUUGAAGGUCCUUGGAGACAAUUUUGCCUUGUCUAGUAAUCCAAAUUCCCGUAAAGGUGGACUGAUUGGUCUUGCAGCUGCUGCUAUUGCAUUAGGAAAGGACUCUAAUAAAUAUGUUAACGAGCUUGUUAAGCCUGUACUUGCUUGUUUUCGAGAUUCAGACAGCCAGGUACGAUACUACUCAUGUGAAGCACUGUACAACAUCGUCAAAGUAACAAGAGGAUCAGUUCUACCAUUCUUUAAUGAAAUAUUUGAUGCUCUAACAUCAGAUCCUGAUCAAAAUGUGAAGAGUGGAACAGAACUUCUUGACAGACUUAUAAAGGAUAUUGUCACAGAGAGUUCUUCCUUUGAUCUUGUGUCAUUUGUACCAUUACUAAGGGAGAGAAUCUACAACAAAAAUCCAAGUGCUAGGCAGUUUCUGGUUUCAUGGAUUAUAACAUUAGAUGCGGUGCCUGACAUCAACAUGUUGGUUUUGUUGCCAGAGUUUCUGGAUGGUCUUUUUGAAAUUUUAGGGGACUCAAACCAAGAGAUUAAAAAAAUGUGUCAGGGUGCUUUGCGUGAGUUUUUGAGUAGUAUAAAGAAGUCACAAGGAUAUGUAAACUAUGCUCAAAUGGCCAACAUACUUGUUAUUCAUAGUGAAAAUUUACAUGAUGAUAUGAUAAGCUAUACUGCAAUUACCUGGUUGAAGGAAUUUGUCGUCCUUGCUGGAAGGUCAAUGUUGCCAUUUCUGUCGGGAAUCUUGCAUGCAAUACUCCCUCGUUUUGUGACCAAUGAUAUUGAUACCAAAAGCAGGAAAAAUGUGAAGGAAGCUGCGGAGAGUCUGAACAAAUUGUUGAUGGACUUAAUUGAGGAGCUAGAUGAUACACCUACACCUGCAAGUGGGACUCCUUCACAGGAGAGUCAAUCAGGGGAGAUCACUUCAGAUAAUAGAGAAAUUAUAGUUUCACAGAAAGGGGAGGUAACUUCUUCUAAUGGUGACGAAGCUGAAAUUGAUUCGGAAGAUAUAGAAAAAAGAGUAUAUAAGAUAACAGCAUGUGAUAUCCAGGCUGGGUCAGUGCAUUUAGAUGUCCUAUCAGUGAUCAAUGUAUUGUGCAAGUUAGUCAAAGAGAAAGACUUCCAAACCAGAAUUGCUUCACUCAAAUGGUUCAAACAUUUACUAGUCAAAGUUCCAAAUAAGACAUUCCGACAUAUGAAUUUGGUAUUUCCGGUACUCAUGAAUGCACUUGCAGAUAUUAGCCAGACAGAUGAAAUAAAGACUCAACACAAUUUUAGCUUAACAUUAGCAAAGAUAAUUUCAUAUCAAGUCUCAUUUAAAGACAAAGAUACUUCACCAGAUAGUCAAUCUUCACUUAGUGAUGUAACAAAAGAUUCCACAAAAUACUCUUCAAUGCUUGAAGGUAAAGAAGGCUCAGACAAACAUGCUCAUGACAAUUUCACAUCAAAAAGUGCUUCAGUCAAUGAAUAUUUCAUGGAAUUUAUGGUGCAAUUAUUAAAAUUAUUCAAAAAAGAUGGAUUGAUUCUGGAUAGGAGAGGGGCAUUUAUUAUACGACAGUUGUGUUUACUACUGUGUUCAGAGGAUAUAUUCCAGUCAUUAGCUGAAAUAUUGAUGGUAGAAGAGGAUGUGAAGUUUGCCUGUACCAUGGUUCAUACACUCAACACUAUAUUGCUCACAUCUACGGAACUAUUUGAGCUGAGAAAUCAACUAAAAGAUCUCAAUUCUAAGGAAAGUUGUCAGUUAUUCUGCUGUCUAUAUAAAUGUUGGUCUCACAGUGCUGUGGCAACAUUGGCUUUAUGUUACCUCACACAGAAUUACACACAUGCUUGUAGUCUACUACCUGUAUUUGGAAAUUUAGAGAUAACUGUGGAAUUUCUCAAUGAAAUAGACAAACUUAUUCAGCUUAUAGAAUCACCUAUCUUUGCAUAUUUGAGAUUACAACUUCUAGAUUCUGACAAAAAUCAAGACCUUAUCAAAAGUUUAUAUGGUUUACUGAUGUUACUACCGCAAGCAGAACCAUUUACUUUAUUACGUAACAGACUCAAUUGUAUACCCCACUUUCAAAUGGCAGCCAUAGGUAACAAGGGUUCCAGUUAUGAUACAUCCAAGAGGAACACGGCAGUGUCUGAGAUAGACUUUCACAAUCUCUUACAACAUUUUGUAAAAGUACAGUCAAAAAAUAGAGAAACUAGACGAAGACAACUUUGUUAUGUCGCUACAUUCAUGAAAUGAUACUUGGUGCAAUGAACAAAUCUUAACAAGGACUUUCACCUAAUUAUGAAUUAAGACAGUUGUGCAUUUUUUCUUAAAUUAUAUUUCUGUGAGCUUUGUACAGAGCUUCACCAUUUUGACCUUAAAUCGCUUAACCUGGUGACAUACUCGAAGUCUUCACACCUACUGUGUAAUGUGUCUUGAGUGGCUGAUCAUCCUUCCUUGAAUAAAAAUAAAUAAGCAUAAUAAAAGCCUUGCAACACAGAUUGGAGAUCAUCAAUAUAUAGUUUAUAAAGUUUUCUGACAAACUCGUACCGAAUCUUUUAGUGUGUAAUUAGUUUUCACUUCAGAUCACGGCAGUAAGCCACAUUGAAAUUACCAGAGCACAGUUCAGCCACCGCAUCAUUCCUGGGCAAGCUGUCAAGCAGUUUACCUGUACUAUAGUUGCCUUCACUUUAGCAAGGAACUGAAACUUAUUUACAUGCAAGAGCAGAGGUACAGUGCAAAUGACUGUAGAAAGAUUUCAUGAUCAAUCACAAUGAAAGUGACCUGCACCGUCAGCGAAUCGAACCUGGAUAGCCCAAAUCACAGCCCAACUCCUACCUAUUGAGCUAACCGGACGUAUUUUUAUUGUUUUUUUAUAGAGUAAGCCGGUUAUCUAACAAAUACAGUCAAGCCUGUGUUAAACACCACAUCUGAAUAAACCCUGCAAAUAAAGGCCACACUGAUUACCCUUCAUUGGUAAAAUGGAAUAAAGAAACUUCCAAAUAAAGACCACUUGUUUAUAAAGACCAUUAUUUGUCUUCCAUUUGAUGGCCUUUGUAAACAGGUGUGACUGUAAAUUGAUUUUUGUUAUCAGAAAAUUCACCAUGACUAAUGAUGAAUUUUGGUAAAGAAAAUUGUAACCCAUAGGUUUGUCAAAAUAAUGACUAUUUGGUCAUAACUUUUCUUUAUCAGAUUUGACAAACCUAAAACAUCUUUAAUAUCAUUUGUAAGGUUCUAGUUUGGAAAUAAAUGUGUUGUUUUUUUGUAAAUUAUGAAGAAUUUUUUACAUAAAUACUUGUUUCUUCAUAACAUUUGUUUUCAUAUAUAUCUUUUGAGAAGGUCUGAGUUUUAAACUCUAUAGACCUCUAUUUUAUUAAAGUUAAAGGUAUUUAUUUUUUAUUGUCGCCUGAAGUGAAGGCUUUAAAUUUUAUAUUCAUGUUAUUGUUAAUUUUGUGCAAUUUUUUUGUGGUAAAAUAUUUUAUGGUCAUUGGGGCCAACUCUUUAUAUGUUUUAUAUGUUAUUGUAUCUCUUAAUCUAAGAUGUAAAUGUAAUGUCAAAUUGUUCUUAUGUCAUAAAUAAAAGUAUGGAAAAGGAAA